CUGCAUCGGGCGGGUUGCGCUCGAUGAUAUCGCUGCACGCCGCCUCGCUCGGCCUGGCUGCGCCUGCGUCGGCCCCGGCGGCCCCUCGCGCUCCGCCGCAGCAGCAGUGGCUUCCGGGCGCGGGCCGCUCGCCCUCGUACCUCGAUGGCUCGCUUCCCGGCGACCGCGGGUUCGACCCGUACUGCCUCGUCGCGCUCGCGCGCACGCGCACGUCGGUCGACUCUGGCCCGUGGGCCAAGCUCGACCGGCCGACGCGGAUGGUGAUGGCGCAGGACUGGGAGGCGAGGAAGAAGGUUGCGUGGAUGCGCGAGGCGGAGAUCAAGCACAGCCGGCUCGCGAUGAUGGCGGCGGCGGGCUGGCCGCUGUCGGAGCUCGCGGACGGGCCGCUGAGCAAGCUGCUCGGCCUGCCGGCCAACCUCGUGGCGGGCGGGAGGGCGCCCUCCCUCCUCAACGGCGGCCUGUUUGACAACCUCGGCUUUCUCGGCCUCGUCGCGCUGGGCACCGCCUACCUCGAGCUCAACACGCUGGACAACGUGGAGGGCCUCACGCCGUCGGGCUACCUGGCGGGCGACCUAGGCUUCGACCCGCUCGGUCUCGGCGAGGGAAAGAUGGAGCACAUGGCCGAGGCGGAGAUCAAGCACGGCCGUGCGGCGAUGCUCGCGGUCGUGGGGUUCGCCGUACAAGAGGCGAUCUACGGCACGCCGGUGGUGCAGCAGACGCCGCAAUUCUUCAAGCCCUUCUUCCUCUGAGGCGGUCGGCCCGCGCGGCUUCGGGGCCGUUUUUAGGUGGCGGGUUCAUUAGUAACAGCAUAGGUCACGUCAGGUGCGACGUGGUGGUGCGAAGCCUCACAUAAAUCACAUAAACGCGC